UGUUGUUGUUUUUAGAUGAAUGUCAGCCCGAUACCAGCGUCCACUAGGUGGAGUAACCCGCGGAGUUUCUUGCGUGGCUUUGCUGAAAUCGAUGCUUCAAUUACAACACAAUGCGAUUGCCCAAGCAGGACAGAAGGCAUUUCUCCGUAGUCCCAAUAAAUGAAAUCGAAAUCAAACCUUUUCAAAAUCUCCCUGGUGAGGUUUGCCGGUGCGUGACCUGUGGUCCUGAAUAAUGUUUUAUACCUAGGGGUGUGGACUCCACCUACGAUUGCUGUCAAUGGCGCCGCUCAGAGCCCACACGUCAAUCAUGCUGUUCUGACACUGAUCUCUACAAGUUUGCCCCUUCCCACAUUUUUGAACGUGAGAAUACAUCGGAUUGAGCUAGCUGUUCACAACCAGAGCGUCUGUGUGCAUUGGGAUUCAAACGGCGCAGCUGUCACACAAUCGAUAAGAAGUCAGUCCCUCAAUGCGAUCAUGAACGGAACUCGGGCAUUUUGGAGGUAAGUCUUCAACCGCUACAGUGCGCUCCUACCUUUCAGAUUGCACCUGGUUAAUCAAUGUCCCACCUUCUCGCAUCCGGAGAGAAACCUGAAGCUUGCAUCGUAGAACCUUGUAUCCAUGUGUCGUUCAUUCCCAGCCCUUCGACUAGUUGUAUUUCACGAGGUGAAUUUGAGCAUAAUGGUAAAACCCUCAAUGGACAUGCACAGGCUUACACGAUUGCUGACUUAGGUGAAUGAAUGCAUGUGAUUGAGGUCUAAUACUCACUGGAGGGAAUACGGAAGAUUGUACCACCACGGUGUCGGCAUAACUUAAGGCUGUGGUUCAGUCGGUGCUUCGGCACUAUUCAGAUCGUGACCUUGGCUUUUCAACCUGUGUGGAAGACGAGUAUAGAGUUUUAUGAUUCAUUCGUGGCUUCAGAAAAGCAGGCUAAGCUCCGAACCGGGGCAAAGGGAUAUAACCUUGCUGCGAGCUUUGCCGCCGAAAGGGUUUCAUUUAGAUCUUACUGCAUAAUGUACAGUAACAACGCGCGUCAAACAAAGAAUCCUCUAUGUUUAAAUCUGGUCAGAUUGUGAAUUGAAACUGUUCACUUCUCACUCGGUCGGGGUAAUCCUGUUAUAUUUCUUUCUUACGGCAGAGAUCUCUCUAUAAUUGUAUCCAAGAAAAGAAUAUCCUCUGAUUUUCUGUCAUCGAACAAUUUUAGCCGAUCUCAGUUGUUAACAUUCCACGCCUCCUUUACGAACAUGUAUCAAUCAGAUAACAGGCGUCUGGUGAACAGCGUGCUUUGGGUUGCUCCAUUUGUGUCAAGAUGGGGCGUGAUCAACAAAUAGGCAUUUAUGACGUUGAGAAAUCAGUUGGGAGCAUCCCGGGGACAGAGAUUCGGAGCCUGUUUAACUCCAGAAGGCUCCUAACAGUAGUUCUAUUUGCAGCCUUCCUUCCCGUCGUCAUCACUAGCUCCUUCUUCUACUACACCACCCCUGAUGCUUCAACAGCAGCUAUGCUUUUCUUUCAUAAACCCAAGGGAGGCAAGAACGUCCCUUCAUUCAUCAGUGCUACAAGCUCAAGUAACACUGGUGUAGAGCCGAGUAACGGGGACACUGAGAUCACUACAGACACAAACCAAGAAGAAAGUAGUAGGAAUUCACCCGAACCAGAGGCAACUGAUGAGGAUGUAGAACGCACGAUUGAAACAUCAGUAGACGUGGAGAAUUCCACAUCUCUGGGUGUAAAUGACUCUAAACCACAUGAGGAGACCACUCUGGAGGAAAAUACCUCUAGCAUAGUCAUGAAGAGACAAGAAUACUGUGAUUUGGUGAAAGGCAGUUGGGUGCCAGACCCGCGUCCACCUCAGUAUACCAACUCCUCGUGCAGGUAUAUUCAAGGGCACCAGAAUUGCAUGAAGAAUGGACGGCCAGACACAGGGUUUAUGUAUUGGAAGUGGCAACCACAGCAGUGCGACUUACCUAGAAUUGACGCGCAAGCCUUCUUGAUCGCCAUGCGUAACCGUUCCAUGACAUUUGCCGGAGAUUCCAUUGCCCGCAAUCAGUUUCAGUCUCUUCUGUGCAUUCUUUCACAGGUUGAAGUGCCGGAUCACACAUAUAACGCGCCAGAUGAUAGAGACAAUAUCUAUGUCUUUCGUACCUACGACUUCACAGUUGCAAUCUACUGGUCUCCAUACCUUGUGCACGUAGAAGACAAAGACAUCACAUGGCCUGACAACAAAACGCAGAGUGUAGCACACAUACAUGUAGAUAAACUCGACAGAGCAUGGACGGAUCGUAUCUCUGGCGUCGACAUUCUACAAAUCUCUACAGGGCAAUGGUGGUUUAAACGGGGGCUGUUCCUGAAAGGCAACAAACCUAUGGGCGGCCACAUAUGUGACGGAUGGAAAGAGUGCGAGAAGGAAAUUGGAUUUGCAGAUCCUUAUCGAUUGGCUAUCCAUUCUCUUCUAAAGAACAGUUUGUCCAUACCUGGGUACACUGGCACUACUAUUCUCCGCAGUUUUGCCCCUGAUCAUUUUGAGGGAGGAGCAUGGGACAGCGGGGGUAGAUGUGUGCGCACAACUCCCGGGGGUGUUUCCAUCAGCAGUCUGACUAACUGGAUGUACGAGAUCCAAACCGAAGAGUUCCAAAACGUCACUGGUGCGAUGAGUGAAUCCGAAAAACAACGAAUUAAGUUACUCGAUAUCACCAACCUUGCUCAAAUCCGAGCCGACGGUCACCCUGACGUGUACAUGAAAUUCCAACCAUUCUCGAAGGAGAUGAAGCAACCCCCUCAGAAAGAUUGCCUUCACUGGUGCCUUCCAGGGCCCAUUGAUACAUGGAACGACCUACUUGUGGAGUCUCUGCACGAUAAAAUCCACAACUAUUAGGGCUCCUCCUCGUCUCCAUUCACUGUUCCGCCAGUCUUAGUAUUUGAACUGCAUCCCGACAUUCAGAGACUGACAAGCUGGAUGAUAAAGACAUCCACUUCUGUAAAAGAAUGUAACGUUUAAGCCGGGUAGCAUCAGAACUUCAUUUCUUAGAGACCGUGAGAUUUAUUGGAUAAAGCGCAAAGUUCUCCAUCUCGUACCACGCCAGAGCAACUGUAUCCGUUCUGCUUUUUACGGCGUCGCCACCCAAAAGCGGUCCUACAGCACAUGAAUCCAUAACUCUCUCUCUCUCUCCAUCGUGGUCCCUGGUCAGUUGUGGAUCAAGCUGAAAUUCCUCACUCACAAAAUCAUAGUGGAGAGUUCGGCGUUAGGAGCCGUUAGUUCGGCGUCGAAAACAGUUUCUGAAGCUCUCCCGCUCUGAUGUCAUCUUGUGAAAAUAUCUAAUAAGAGGCGGGAGAAUACGAAUUUGAAUUGGGUAA